GGUGCACCCCUACUUCUCAUAUUGUUGACUAAGAGCAGGCCCUCUCACCCUCUUACUUCGGAUCCUCUUCCCUCCCUAGAGUUUGAGAAGGCCUUAUGCCGCCCUGGCCCUGAUGUGGUAAUCUGUGACGAGGGACACCGCAUCAAAAACUGCCAGGCCAGCACCUCACAGGCCCUGAAGAACAUUCGCUCUCGCCGCCGGGUGGUGCUGACCGGAUACCCCCUGCAGAACAACCUCAUCGAGUACUGGUGCAUGGUAGACUUUGUGCGCCCAGACUUCCUUGGCACCCGGCAGGAGUUCAGCAACAUGUUUGAGCGCCCCAUCCUGAAUGGACAGUGUAUUGACAGCACGCCUCAGGAUGUCCGCCUCAUGCGGUACCGGAGCCAUGUCCUGCACAGCCUCCUGGAGGGCUUUGUGCAGAGGAGAGGCCACACUGUGCUGAAGAUUCAUCUCCCUGCCAAGGAAGAAAAUGUGAUCCUGGUGCGACUCUCUAAGAUCCAGCGAGAUUUGUAUACACAGUUCAUGGACCGCUUCCGGGACUGUGGUAGCAGCGGCUGGCUGGGGCUGAACCCCCUCAAGGCUUUCUGUGUCUGCUGCAAGAUCUGGAAUCACCCCGACGUGCUGUACGAAGCCCUUCAGAAGGAGAACCUGGCCAAUGAGCAAGACUUAGACGUGGAAGAGCUUGGUUCAGCAGGGACUAGUGCCCGCUGCCCUUCACACGGAACAAAAGGCAAGGGUGAGGACAGCGCCUCAAUGGGAGAGGCGACCAAUAGCAAGUUCCUACAAGGGGUUGGCUUUAACCCUUUCCAGGAGCGAGGCAACAACAUUGUCACAUAUGAAUGGGCCAAGGAUCUUUUGACUAAUUAUCAGACUGGUGUCUUAGAGAACUCUCCCAAGAUGGUACUGCUUUUCCACCUGAUUGAGGAAAGUGUGAAGCUUGGAGACAAGAUCCUUGUGUUCAGCCAGAGCCUUUCCACCUUGGCUUUAAUCGAGGAGUUCCUAGGGAAACGAGAAGCUCCCUGUCUACCUGGUGCUGAGGGGCAAGGAGUACAGAAGUGGGUUCGAAACGUCAGCUACUUCCGGCUAGAUGGUAGCACCCCUGCCUUUGAGAGGGAGCGGCUCAUUAAUCAGUUCAAUGAUCCCAGCAACCUCACCACCUGGCUGUUCCUUCUCUCCACAAGGGCUGGGUGCUUGGGCGUGAAUCUGAUUGGUGCCAACCGAGUGGUGGUGUUUGAUGCUUCCUGGAACCCUUGCCAUGAUGCUCAGGCAGUAUGUCGGGUAUACCGUUAUGGCCAGAAAAAGCCCUGUCACAUCUAUCGCCUUGUGGCUGAUUUCACCCUCGAAAAGAAGAUCUAUGACCGUCAGAUUUCCAAGCAGGGCAUGUCAGAUCGGGUCGUGGAUGAUCUCAAUCCAAUGCUGAACUUUACUCGAAAGGAGGUGGAGAACCUACUGCACUUUGUUGAGAAGGAGCCAGCUCCCCAAGCAUCCUUGAACAUAAAGGGGAUCAAGGAGCCAGUCCUGCAACUUGCCUGUCUGCAAUACCCUCACCUCAUCACCAAGGAGCCUUUUGAGCAUGAGUCAUUGCUCCUUAACCGAAAGGAUCACAAGCUGACCAAAGCUGAGAAAAAAGCAGCAAAGAAAAGCUAUGAGGAAGACAAACGUACAUCGGUCCCCUACACCCGCCCAUCAUAUGCGCAGUAUUACCCCGCCAGUGACCAGAGCCUGACCAGCAUCCCUGCCUUCAGUCAGAGAAACUGGCAGCCAACACUGAAGAGUGAUGAGAAGCCUGUGGCCAGUGUUCGCCCUGUACAGUCCACCCCGAUCCCCAUGAUGCCACGGCAUGUCCCACUGGGAGGUAGUGUAAGCUCUGCCUCCAGCACAAAUCCAGCUAUGAACUUCCCAAUCAACUACCUGCAACGUGCGGGAGUCCUUGUGCAGAAGGUGGUCACCACAACAGAUAUUGUUAUUCCUGGACUCAACAGCUCCACAGACGUACAGGCAAGAAUUAAUGCUGGUGAGAGCAUCCACAUCAUCCGUGGGACAAAAGGGACAUACAUCCGUACCAGUGAUGGGCGAAUCUUUGCUGUCCGGGCGACUGGCAAACCAAAGGCCCCUGAAGAUGGUCAGAUGGCUGCCUCAGGUUCCCAGGGGCCUUCUCUCGAGUCUACAAGCAACGGCAGACACAGUGCCUCAUCACCCAAAGCCCCCGACCCUGAGGGGCUGGCCAGGCCUGUCUCUCCAGACAGCCCGGAGAUCAUCAGUGAGCUCCAGCAGUAUGCAGAUGUGGCUGCUGCCCGGGAAUCCCGUCAGAGCUCCCCAAGCUCCAAUGCUGCCCUGCCUGGCCCCCCAGCUCAACUUGUGGACAGCAGUGCUGUUCCUGGGACAGCUCUUGGGACUGAACCUAGACAUGGGGGUCAUUGCCUCAAUAGUUCCCUCUUGGUGACCGGCCAGCCCUGUGGUGACAGGCACCCAGUGUUGGACUUAAGGGGCCACAAGCGAAAGUUGGCCACACCACCUGCUGCCCAGGAGUCAGCCCGCCGGCGGUCCAGGAAGGGCCAUCUGCCAGCCCCCGUGCAGCCGUAUGAACACGGGUAUCCAGUUUCUGGCGGGUUUGCCAUGCCACCCGUCUCCUUAAACCAUAACCUCACCCCACCCUUCACCUCCCAGGCUGGGGAGAAUUCCCUGUUUAUGGGCAGUACCCCCUCCUACUACCAGCUGUCCAAUUUGCUGGCAGAUGCCCGCCUGGUGUUUCCAGUGACUACUGACCCUCUGGUGCCAGCAGGCCCCGUCAGUUCCUCUUCCACGGCUACCUCAGUCACUGCCAGCAACCCCUCCUUCAUGCUCAACCCCUCUGUACCAGGGAUACUACCCAGCUACUCACUCCCGUUCUCACAGCCACUCCUGUCCGAGCCGAGGAUGUUUGCGCCUUUUCCUUCCCCUGUCUUGCCCAGCAACCUUUCACGGGGCAUGUCUGUCUACCCAGGCUACAUAUCCCCACAUGCAGGCUACCCAGCUGGCGGCCUUCUCCGGUCCCAGGUGCCUCCGUUUGACUCUCAUGAGGUUGCUGAGGUGGGGUUCAGCUCCAAUGAUGAUGAGGAUAAGGACGAUGAUGUAAUAGAGGUCACUGGGAAAUAGCUGGGGAUCCCCUCUGCACCUCACUCGGGGCCCCAGCAGGUUGCCCACCAAGAUGGAAGGCAGCAAUCUGGGCUUUCUGAGAAUAGGGCACUUGGCAGGAGGGAAAAGGAAGAGGACAAAGAAGGUGGUUGACCAUAGGUGGCAGGGCUCUGUUGCUGUUUAACAAAAGAGGCAAAAGUAAUCCAACAGAGCAGCAAUAGUGGGAAAUCAGGGACCUAAAACAGGAAUGGAGAGGCAGAGCAGUCUGCCUCUCUUCCUGCCUGCCUUGCUUAUGCUGUCUGCUUGCUUGCUUGCCCAUCUGAGGGUAGAUGCUCACAUCCCAUUUCUGUCUUUGGGAACAUUCUCUCCCGAGAGAGCUGCCUUACUGGGUGAAUUAGCUUGGCCUGGA